AUGAACAGUUCACUUUUAAGUGCAGAUAAGAAAAUAGUGAAGUCUAAGAAUGUUAAAGUAAAUAAAAAGUUCUACAAAACAGCUAAAAAGCGAAAAUGAGAUAGUGAAGUCCCUGUAAGCUUCCAGCAAUAUGUUGCGAGUCAUUUCAAAGUGAGGAAGAACAAGGCUGACACAGAAGCCAUGAGGACAUACCUAAAAGCCCUCAAUAACAACAACACUGUAGAGUCUGCUCGGAAGACUAGAACCAUUAAGAAAUCAAGGAAAGAAGUUCACUUGAGAAAAGAUAUAACGAGUAUGAGUACUCUCCAAAACAGUGAGAGCUGUAGUAGCACUGCCUUCACUUCCAAACCCCAUCAUGAAGUGCCAUCAGUUCAGAGAAGUGAUUCCAAGCUUAAUACUAUGCGAAUGUUCUCCUCACCAUUUUGCAAAAGAGCUGUAUCUCCAAAAUUUCAAAAGUCUUCAGCUAAAAGAAAGAGAAGGAAGCAGAAUAUUAAUGUCUACCUUACUAAAAUGUCUGAGAGUGAGGAAGCUAACAAGACUUUCCAUAAUAAGGAGUUUGAUACAUCUCUUGACUCCUUCUCAAGCCUGAAUACUCUUUCUAAUAAGAUCUGCAUUAAGCCUAGCAAAUAUGAUCGGUUUAAGAUAGCAGUGGUUCAGAAUAAACCUUGACCGAAGAGACUGCAUAAGAAGCCAAUUCGCAAGCAAGUGGCACCAAAGAAUUUGGCAGAUUUGGAAAAUGCAGUAGUCGGUGAGGAAAAUGAGUAUUUAUACUCACAGACUCUUGAAAUAUCAGAGAAUGAAUCAAAAGUUUGCAAACCAAAAAGAUUGGUGAAGAAAAAGCACGCUAACCUAUACGAACUUACUGAAAAGAGGAGCAGCCUGCUGAGUACUUGCAAACCAAGAAAUAAUAGUAGCAUGAAAUCGAUCUCUGGACUUGAUGACUCAUUCAAAAAGUGUGCGAAGAAAGAUAUUGAAGAGAGAGAUUCUGAUAAAAUGAAAGAAUAUUUUAAUAUACUUCGGCCUUCAGAUCAUCAAAGAAAGUGAAGGCAAAAGAUUUGAAAGAGUGUAAACCGAGUAGACAAAUGUAGCUUAGAAAGAGAUCUAGUAGCUGAUCCUUACCUCGCUUCUACCAUAAAAAGCCCAAGAAGAACUAGAAAAAUAAAGGCUAAACUUAAGGCAGCAGAGGAAGAUAUUUCUAGACUGGAUCGGGAAAUUCAGGCCAAAUACCAAAUUUUCUCUUCUAUCAAGGAAGAACUUCGGCUAUUGAAUAUCGAGAAUAGUCAACUUUCAGAAAUGUUAACAAAUACUGGAUUCAUAUUGUUUGAUAAUUAAUUUACAACAACA